AUGCCAGAAGGUUCUACUGGGGGAAGUCGACCUGAGACAACGCCGGGAUCGGCCACCGCCAUACCAAAAAACAAUAAACGCCGAAAUCUCAUGGAACUCUAUCCGUUCCCCCUACCAAUAACACCCAUAUACCUUCCUUCAAUCACCAACAACCCUUUGUCGUGGCUCGUAGCUGGCUAUGCCUACUGGACCGCUUUCCCCAAACUCGCCCUGUUCUCGGACGAAAGCCGUGCUAACCAACCUUCGCUCACGCCUGUUAACUGCGAAUACGAGUACAUUUCCUCUGCCAUUAUUUUCAAGGUGACUUCUCCCUCAGGCAUGAUCACCCUCUGGCGGUCGGGUUUCUUCGGUAAAGGCUCCCUUUCCCGUUCUGACCCGUCCUGGUCCACGAGAACGGCACGGAGGGUGAUGGGCGUUGGUACGGUUUUGACAAGCGAGGAGAUCACCAACUUGAGAAGGCAGGAACGGAUGGGGUUCAAGAAUGCCAGAGAUCGUGUUCAACAAAUGGAAUUGGAAUUGCGCAGGCUCAUGUCCCAGGAAACCACCCCUGAGAAAAUCAUCAAAGAGAGAACGGCCGUUUUGGAGGCGGAAAAGACAAAGCUAGCGGAGUUACGCGCUGACCUUCAGAAAAAGCCGGUAAAGCUAGCGACUACACCCAUUGACGAGGAAAUCAGAGAGGAGGAUCUUCAGUUAGUGCACCCAGUCACGGGUGAGCUUACGCAGCUCGAGUACCUCCAACUCAUGCCCUGUGAAGCUGUCUUUCUUACUCUAAUUGGCUGUCUAAAAGUUCCGGCCCUACCGACUUCAUGGUCAGUCCUCCAAAUGGUUGUCAGUGGAAGCGCCAACUGUGAAGAGUUGAUCAGAUGCAUCGUGUACCACCACUACCGUUCACUCGGGUGGUGUGUCCGCUCGGGAAUCAAGUUCGGCACUGAUUUCUUGUUGUACAAAGGAGGUCCGCCCUUCACCCACGCUGAGCACGGGAUCAUUAUUAUGCAGAACCAAAAGGGCUGCAGGAACACGCGCUGGGUAGAUAUAUCGGGAACUGCCAGAGUGGUUGGGGGUGUGAAGAAAAAUAUGAUUAUUGCAUUUGUGGAUGUGCCCGAGCAGGAUGCGUAUGCCAAGGUUGUGGAUGGAAAAGAACACGAUGAGGUGAAGUUGGGAGUAUUAUAUGGGUUGUAUAAAGUUACUGAAGUAGGGUACAGACGAUGGGUCCCGAGCAGAAACAGAGAAUAG